CGCGGCCGAUCUAUUGGCGGGCAUACGUCACCCAUGUGUCCCGCAAGCAGCCGAUUUCGCACAAUAGACAGUCGAGUUGACAUACGCUGCAAAGUACAAGUACUCGUUCAAUUGGCGAGCGGGCCGUGUAUUCCCAGCUCGUCCUUUUCGUUUGCAUUUUGCUCUAUUUACAUGCUGAUCAUCAUUGUCUCGUUUGCUUAAACAUCUUUCUCUAUAUAUCAUCAUAUCACAUAUCAUAUCCUACACCAUGGCCGUGCCAAUCGUCGACUGGAACGGAAUGCCCCGAGGCGGAACUGGUCUGGAAGCUGCAACGCGACGACACUGGGAGCGCCAAAAGCAAGAAGCCCGAGAGCGGCUGGCGAUGAUGGAGCAGCUGGAAGCCGGGGAAGACGAGGAAGCGAAAGCAGCCAAGCGAGGCUCGGCCGACUCGUCGGAAUCAAACUCGAGCAGCAAUGAUGGGAAGAGUGGCGAGAAACGGCGCAGUUUUUGGAAGUCGCUCAAGGGGGGGAAGAAGAGUGAUAGUAAUGGGUCUUCUUCGUGAUCGUCGCUUGCUUCUUGUCUCUGUGAGAUGAACUGCGUGACUGGUGCAUGUUAGUUAUGGUUAUAAUUCACUACCCUUAAUAAUAAGUCCGAUGAUUCCGACGCCCGAAAACGUUUGAUGAUUAUUCUCGUUCCCUUGCACGAUACGAUAUCGAUACCGUCUUCCGAA